AUGCUAGAAAUUGGUCCAUUAGCUUUUGACGUUGCAAACUUUGAUGGAAGCUUACCAUCAAUUCUCCUAAAUCCCCAUUCAUGGACCAAGGUUGCCAAUAUUAUAUUUAUUGAUUGGCCUGUUGGUACUGGAUUUUCGUACUCAAACACAUCAAGAGGUUACUCUUCCUCAGACACAAAAUCAGCAAAAGAUAACUACACAUUUCUUAGAAAGUGGUUAUUGAGUCACCCCAUGUUUAUCAAAAAUCGUUUAUAUAUUGCGGGUGAAUCCUAUGGAGGCAAGCUUGUUGCAAUGGUUGCCAUGGAGAUACUAUUAGGUAAUGAAGCUGGGUUGCAUCCACGAAUGUCCCUCCAAGGAUAUAUUAUUGGCAAUGGAUUAACAGAUCCGAACAUUGAUUAUAAUGAAAGAAUUCCAUAUGCUCACCGCAUGGCACUUAUAUCCGAUGGAUAUUUUGAUUUAGCAAAAGUUAGCUGUGAUGGAAAAUAUGACAAUCCUGAUCCAAAUAAUCUGCAAUGUCUUUUAGCCCUUCAACCUAUCCAAGAGUGUGUAAACCAACUAAAUAAAGUUCAGAUACUGGAACCAAAAUGCGAAUACAUAGCACCAAAACCAGAUGAUUUUGGAUGGGAUCAAACAUUUUUGAAAGACAAUUCAGUUGGACCCCUUGUCCUCUCAGCAUCCAAACAAGAUCGAAUGUGGUGUCGUACUUAUGCAACAUCUUAUGUUUGGGCAAAUGAUCCAUCUGUCCAAGAAGCUCUUCACAUUAGAAAGGGGACAAUAGGAGAUUGGAGGAGAUGCAACCAAAGGUUAUCUUAUGAUGUGAAUCAACAAAGUGUUCUUCACUAUCAUAAAAUUUUCAGCAAGAAAGGAUGCAGUGUUCUAAUUUAUAAUGGUGAUCAUGACAUGGCUGCACCUUAUAUGGGUCCUUUAAAGUGGAUUCGUAGUCUCAAUCUGACUGUUGAUGACGACUGGAGACCUUGGCAUGUUAAUGGCCAAGUUGCGGGAUACACAUUGAAGUAUAAGAAGAGUGAAUUCGAACUCACAUUUGUAACAGUGAAGGGCAUACAGCUCCUGAGUACAAACCUAAAGAAUGUCUUGCAAUGUUACAUCGGUGGCUCUCAAAACGUCCUUUAUAGGUACGGAUAGACAAGCAUGUUUUAUCUGUUCAUAUGUAACCCAUUUUUAGCAUGUAAUCUCAAUAAAUACUGUGCAUUUUUAAGUUCAGCUAAGGAAUCUUGUUGCUUUUAGAGCAAACGUACAAGUAACUUAAUUUUGAAUGUAUUUCUUUGUAGUACUCCAUUCUUAGGUAGCGUACGUCAUUUUAUUUUUCUUAGAUGUACAGUAGAACACAUUUAAGUAAUAUUUUCAAAAGUGAUGUUUCGAAUUUUAUUGUAA